CUCACUUCUGCGCAAGAUAGUUCCCAUCGAUCCGCCCAAACCAUUCCAGCUGUUUGUUUUUCCUACAUUUUGUACAUUUUAUAAACCGAAUUUCCAACAUGUUUUCCCGAGUCGUGAAAUACUUGAUAUUUUUUGCUGUGUUAAUUGUUGAUAGUGAAUUAGAUGUAAGAGUGAAACGCAACGAUAUCGAUUUGCAAACGUGUAUUAACAAAUUCAACUUGCACAAGGACAAAAUAAUCAGAACGCAGGAUUCCCAAAACAUGGGGGCGAAGUAUUUGAACGAGAUUGACCUAGGUUCUAGGGAGGAAUGUUUGCAUUUGUGCUGUGAGACUGAAAACUGUGAUGUAUUUGUUUUUGAAGAGAAGAACGCCGGCAGUUGUUAUUUGUUUCACUGCGGUCCUCCAGAAGACUUCAAGUGCAAAUUUACCCAUCAUGUGAAUUACUCGAGCGCCAUUCUUUCUAUAAAUAGGCAUCUGCCCGAUUUAGAAAGUCAAAUCAAGCUCACCAAGCACGAACAGGAUUUAACUAAACUCAGAAAGACAGAUUUGGAAUUAGAAACCCCUGUACAUAUGGUUCACGAAAUACGAACAACUCCAAUAACGACGACAAAUCUUCCACGUCUAAGAGAAGUCAUUCCAGUGAGCAGUAAUAAAAAAAUCCCGGAAGAAGAUCCAAAAUGUACUCGUUUCCAGUUCGAAUGUAGAUCCUCCAGGGAAUGUAUAGCCAUUUACAAUGCUUGCGAUGGUAUUCCACAAUGUUCUGAUGGUAGCGACGAAGGUCCAGAACUGGGAUGUCCUGAAUUAGUCGGAACUACACCCCCAACAUUUCCUGUACAUUCUAAUAAUUUGCCUGUGCAGCCUUUACUCAGAUACGACAAUAAUGUACAACAAAUAAACAACAAUCAGCAAGGGAUGUACAUACAACCACCACAAAUGCUUCAUGACAACAAUCAGUUAUUGUCACCAAUACUGCGAACAGAAGCUGAUUUUCUAAGGCCUGGAAAUGUCAACAUUAACCCCAGAUUAUCAUCGUAUGACGCCCCCGCUUUGCAGCCCUACAUGCCUCAGUUGCCCCCACAAGGGCAAACCAAUUGGAUGCCGCAUCAAACAAAUCAGAUGCCUCCGCAGAUUACUCAGUAUGCUGGAAAGUCAAGAAGAUAUAAAAGACCCUAUUAG